AUGGAGACAGUAAUGAAGAUGAGAUUUAAGAGCUGUUUUUUCUUCCUAGUUAUGAUGUAUUCAGGCAAACUCUUUGCAGAAGAUAAACCUUGUGAUUUGCCCCAUAUAGAAAAUGGAAAGAUUGCCCAGUACUAUUAUAAUUUCAGAAGUUACUAUUUCCCUAUGCGUAAGGAAAAAAAACUUUCCUAUUCUUGUAUGGUGGGUUAUACAACUGAAACUGGGACUCAAGAUGGAAGAAUAACUUGUACAGCAAAAGGAUGGUCUCCAGUGCCACAAUGCUACAAAAAAUGUAACAAGCCUCUUUUGGAAAAUGGCACUUUUUAUGGUACAGAAAUGUACUUCAAAGUACAUGAGAAACUGCAGUACAAAUGUAACCCAGGCUACCACGCUCCAAGCGGCGGUACUGAAGAUACAGUACAAUGUCAGCCAGAAGGAUGGUCUUCCCAGCCAAGCUGUACUAAAAAAUUUGAGUCAUGUCACGUACCCAAUUUACAUCAUGGCAGCUACUUCACAGCCCAACAAGAGCUUCGACUGAAUGAAACACUGCUAUACAAAUGUGAUGAGGGAUAUCAUACUGCAGGAGGAAACACUACAGAAGCAGCAGUGUGUCUAACACGUGGGUGGUCCCUUACUCCAAACUGCACUAAAAUAACUUGCUCCUCUUUGAGUGCAAUAGCACAUGGAGGUUUCUAUCCAGUGAAGAAAAUCUAUGAAGAGGGAGAUGUAGUUCACUUUUUCUGUGAGGAAAAUUAUUCUGUCAGUGAAUUUGACCUAAUUCAAUGUUAUUAUUUCGGAUGGCACCCAGAUCCUCCAGUGUGUGAAGAUGUAAAAAAUAAAUGUCCUUCACCACCGCUUCCUCCUAAUGCCCAUAUCAUCACAGUUAGAAGAACAUACCAUAAUGGAGACAAAGUUCGUAUACAAUGUCAAAAUACCUUUGAAAUGAGAGGAUCUCGAGAAAUCCAGUGUGAAAAAGGAAAAUGGACAUCACCCCCUAUUUGUGUUGGAGCUAUGGAUAAAUGGGAAUCUGAGGCACCACCAUCACUCGGGGCAGAUGCAGCAGUAAGGGCGAGCAAAACAUAUCACAAUGAAGAUAUGAAAAUGCAGCAAAACUGUACCUCUCCACCUGUGAUUAAAAAUGGUGUUGUUCUCGGUCCAUUAUUGACAAGUUACAAAAAUGGUUCCUCAGUAGAAUACGGUUGUCAGCAUUACCAUUUUUUGGAUGGACCUAGUACUGUUUACUGCGAACAAGGAAACUGGACAGAACCACCAACUUGCUUAGAACCGUGCAUUCUUAACGUAACUGAUAUGAACAGCAACAACAUAGAGUUGAAAUGGAGACAGCAAGAAUUAAUUUUCCUACAUGGUGAUCUCAUAGAGUUUGAAUGUAAACAGGGGUACAGUUUUCUCCAGACUACCAUUCUAUCUCCUGGGAGGACACACUGUAACCGUGGCAGGCUGAAAUAUCCAAAAUGCAUUAUGCAAGAUCCUACAGGAAAAUGUGACUCUCCACCUCCUAUUGCAAAUGGAGCUUUUACUCUCCCACCCCUGACCCAGUAUGACAGUGGUUCUUCAGUUCAGUAUAGUUGCUCUGACUAUCAUUUUUUGCAAGGAUCUGAGAGAAUCUACUGUUCUGAAGGACAGUGGACUUCGCCACCAGUUUGUAUAGAGCCAUGUACUUUGUCAAAAAAUGAAAUGGAAAAAAAUAACGUGUUGCUGCAAAGAUUCUAUGAGAAUCAAGUUUACUUUUACCAUGGGGAUUAUGUUGGAUUUUACUGUAAACAGAACCAUUUUGGAGCAGAAUCUGGUACAACUUUAUUUCAAGUGCAGUGUAAGAGGGGACAGCUGAUGUAUCCAAGAUGUGUUGAAAGAGGAAAAUAA